AUCAUUUUAUUUAGCAUCAAAUAUCUAAUCAAUUUUGAAAAAUCAACUGAAAACGUGCCUAACUCCGUCGUAACGGUGAUUACUCAUUAUAAUAGAUGGAUUCACACGAUCGAACAAUGUAAUUAAACCUCCUUUAUAAUGAACUAGAAACUACAAUAAACAUUCAAAAAUGUAUCGAGUAUAAAUUGAAAGUUUAUUGCUGACGAUAAAGUAUGCAUAAAAGUUGAUUCGAGGUUACGUGACCAUGUCUUUAUUACCGAUUGUGAUUGUUGCAGUUGGGUCUCUAGCUGUGUGCGAAUCAAGAGAACGAACAGCAAGUCUAGUCGUUCUCCCACCUCUGGUACUAGGUUAUGACGAAUUAUAUAAUGAUUCUGGGGAAAAGGAGGCUUCAGCGAAAGCUGUGGAGAGGAAGCAGCCAGAGAGAGGGCCUGAAAUACCUGUAAUCGAUAAUAAAGGGAGGCGUGUUAACCACAGAAGAAUGUUGAAGGAUCAGCAGAAGAACUUUUGGCCAGGGCAAUCAAUUUACGCGGAUGAAAAUGGAAAACGGAGACAACCCAACAAUCAGGUCGAGAUAAAUACGAAGGUGUCAACAUUAAAACCUUAAUAAAUUAUUUAUGAUUUAUAUUCGUGGCGUUUGGUAAUUUUUUGAAUGCAUGUUUACGAUCCGUCGAGGAAAACUCCAUGUAACGUUUGACUCGCUUGUUUUUCCAAAGUUCGA